AUGGAGUUGGGAAAAGGAAAACUCUUCAGGAGUGGGCUGAAUGCCUUGUAUCAAGCAGUCCACCCAGUUCACGGCCUUACCUGGACCGAUGGGAGGCAGAUAAUCCUGACCGAUGUACGGCUUCAGAGCGGAGAGGUCAAGUUUGGGGACUCGAAGGUCAUUGGACAGUUUGAGCACGUGCAUGGGGUGUCGUGGGCCCCACCUGGCGCAGCUGACACGCCCCCUCUGCUCGCUGUCCAGCAUAAGCAGCAUGUCACCGUGUGGCAGCUGUGUCCCAGUACUGUGGAAACCAGCAAGCCAUCCAUGUCUCGGACCUGUGAGAUCAGAGAAUCACACGCCGUCCUCCCCCAAGGCUGUGUGUGGCACCCAGAAAGUGCGGUUCUGACCGUGCUGACCGCACAGCAUGUCUCUGUCCAUGACCUUCACUGUCACAGUUCCCGAGUGAGAGUGGACAGCGGCACCCAGGGCCUCAUUCACUGUGCGUGCUGGGCCCGGGAUGGCCGGAGGCUGGUGGUGGCGGUGGGCAGUAGCCUGCACUCUUACAUCUGGGACGGUGCUCAGAAGACUCUUCAGAGGUGCUCCUCCUGCCCCGUGUUUGACGUGCACAGCGCCGUGCGCGCCAUCGGGGCCACGGUGGGCUCCCAGGUCGUCAUAGCCACUGAACUCCCAAUAGGGAAGAUUUGUAGCUUAAAAGCAUCUGAAACAGUUGGCGGUCCACCUGGCAGUGAAGACACUUGUCUGUAUACCUCGCCGGUUAUUGGUGAGAUGCCCUCUGUGGCUAAAGGGACAAAUUCCGACACAGCAGUUUCUCCCUUUUCUUCUCCCGGUUCAGAUCCUCUGGAUCUAACUCACAUACGUUUCAACAGAUCCGAGUCUGAGAGCAGUGCCCUUAUUUGUCUGAGAAAAAAGGAUCGCUUGGCAGGAACCGAUCUGGAUUCUUCACAUUUGAUUCUUGUGACCUUCGAGAAAGAGGUUACCCAGACCAAAAAAGUCACCAUUCCGGGCAUUCUGGUUCCCGAUCUAAUAGCAUUUAAUCCGGAAGCAAAGGUUGUGGCAGUGGCUUCCAAUACUUGUAAUAUAAUUUUUAUCUAUUCUGUCGUUCCAUCGCUUAUGCCAAACAUCCAGCAAAUUCAAUUAGAGAGUGGUGAGAGACCAAAAGGCUUAUGUUUCUUGACAGAUAAAUUAUUAUUAAUCUUGGUAGGAAAACAAAAAUCCACUGAUUCGACAUUUCUUCCUUCUUCAAAGUCCGAUGAGUAUAUCAUUCGCUUGGUUGUUAGAGAAGUAAGGCUGAAAGUUGAAUUUCCGGUGAGGGAAGACCAGAGUGGCUGCUCUACCUUCAGCGCUCUGUUAAAUAAAGCAGAGAGGAAAAAGCUAAUUGAAAGUCUUUCGCCAGAUGUUUGUCACCAAAACAGAGGACUCUCCUUAACAGCUACUAGCAGUAGUCAAAGUGGAAGGCCUGGAAUUACUCUUAUUAAAGAAAUCAAAAGUCCUCCAUCCACUGUCUGUGAUGACUCCAUCGCCCUGGAGACUCCAGAUGCUGAGCCUGUUAAUGGGUCAGCGACACUGCCCAAACCCAGCAGCAUACCAGACUACACCUGCACCCCGGACCCUCUCAAUUUCCCUCCAGGAAAGAACUUACAACGGGAAAAGGAAACUCGCCAGCUCUCUAAGGGACUGGAAACUUUAUCUAGGAAACUGAUUGAAGUACAGCGCUGUCUCUCUGAACUCACAGACUUCCUACAGAAUGGAGAGAAGUCCUCUCCGGUGUAUCCACUCUCUCAGGAUCUGCCUUAUGUCCACAUCUCUUACCAGAAACAUUCUGUAGAAUCCGUUGUUGAAAAAAGAGACGUGCUUCUCUGCAAUGGCAAACUCAGGCUCAGUGCAGUGCAGCAGGCUUUCGGCCUCGCCCUUAUUGAAAUGCUACAUGAGUCCCGCUGGAUCCUUCUCUCUGCUGAUAGUGAAGGCUUCAUCCCAUUAACUUUUACAGCCGCACAGGAAAUAGUCAUAAGAGAUGGCGGCUCCAGGCCAAAUAUCUUCAGAGACUCUUUGUCUCCGAGUCUGGAUUCUGGUCCUUGUCCUGAAGUCUUUAGAGAACGUACAGCCCGAAGUUCAGGUGCCGCCAGCUAUUCGAACCACCUGGGCUGA